CUUGGACAAACGCUUGGCGAGUGCUUGCGCUUGAGCCUUGCAAGUUGCAACCGGCUCGAGAGGCGUUGUAAUUUGUGGAAGACCAGAUAAGUACACCUCAAAGUAUACUUGUGCACCUCCUUCCUCUUUCACAAAUGUGCACAUUGAAUGGGCAACAUAAUGUCCCCAACGAUCAUGAAACUGCCGCAAGAGACAAUGGCAAACCAAAGACAUAUAGCGCAUUGUAUGCUCUUCAGUUGAGAGCCUUCAUAGAUGCUGCAGAGGAUGUGGACGUGGACCCAGAUACAAUCGAGGACUUGCUCGAAGGUUUGGAAGAUAGAGAUGAAGAAGAGGAAGUCCAAGAGAGCGACCUAGAUGAUGACUUGGACUCAGGAAAUCUGGCUCUCCCUGCGCAUGAGUGGCACAGUGCUAUAGAGGAGAGUGGCGACCUGGACGAUCUCGAAGUGGAAACCGAGGUCAUAGAACAAUUGAAACGGGAAGCAGAUGGAGCAUGGUCGAAGGAAGAAAUUCGAAAGAUGAUGCAUCACUUGAAAGAACGCGGAAUGAGUUCCUUCGUCAGAGAAUAUGUUAUCACUCAAAAUAUUCCGAUAGUGAAACUUCUGUUUGCUUUCGGGAUUUCCUUGUGCCCCGAAUUGCGGAAUAAGCAACCUCAAACAAUGCUAUAUUUUCUGCGGGUCGCGAUGUCUAAAGAGCUUCAUCUCAGGGAAAAACUGUCUCAAUAUAACACCAUUGCCGACGCGGUUUCCCUAAUCCAAGCCUCAAAGCGUAUGGUUGUGCUUACUGGCGCUGGCAUUAGCGUCUCAUGCGGUAUUCCAGACUUCAGGUCGCAUAAUGGCUUGUACGCGAUGCUGAAAGAACGGGGGACUUAUGAGCUCGAUGACCCUCAACAGAUGUUCGAUAUACACUAUUUUAGAGAAAAUCCUGCAGUAUUCUACUCAUUUGCGAGCCAGAUAUAUCCGUCUAACUUUAUACCUUCUCCUUGUCAUCGAUUCAUCAAAGCUAUAGAAGAUAGGGGCAAGCUUCUCCGGAACUACACCCAGAACAUUGACACACUAGAAACACUCACCGGAAUUACUCGUGUAUUGCAGUGUCAUGGAUCAUUUGCGACUGCGACGUGCAUUCAAUGCAAACGACGUAUACCAGGGAACGAAAUUGAAAAGGAUAUCAUGGAACAUCGUGUUCCGUUCUGCACUGUGUGCGUGGAGGCCAAGAGAGCAGCCGAGGAAAUCCGCCAGGUUGCUUUCAGGAAAAAGGCCAAAAAGCGAGGUAGGAAGGAAUGGGAGGAGGGGAGUGAUGAAGAGGAUGAGGCAAUACCAGUUGGCGUGAUGAAGCCGGACAUCACUUUCUUUGGAGAGAAGCUCGCGGAUGACUUUGAUCACGCCCUCGAGGACGAUCGAGAUAAAGUCGACUUGUUGAUCGUCAUCGGAACCUCACUGAAAGUCUCACCUGUAUCCGAGAUUCUCUCGCAUCUCCCGCACUCGGUUCCCCAGAUUCUGAUCAAUAAAACUCCUGUCCGACAUAUUAACCCUGAUAUCGUCCUUCUUGGAAAUGCAGAUGACAUUGUUCAACACCUCUGUGAACAGCUUGCGUGGGAGUUGCCACCUCCAGUGGGGAAGCGCCUCGAGGUUCCGUCACUAGCGAGAUCAGCAAAGCGCACCUCAGGUGAAAUGAUGGGCAAACCCGAGCCCACUCGUGUUGCCAAGAGCCACGUAUGGCUGUUUGAAGGAGCCGAGGGGGGUAAAUGGGUGCGGGAUAUUGAGAAAAGGUUCUUGGAAGAAAAUGUGGAAUCUGAAUCGCGUGCCAUGCAAGGUCGAGUCCCGAACGAGGGUCCCGAGGUAAAGAAGUCGCGAACAGGCUGACAUUGUAACACGGUGUCCUUCGACGUGCUUUGCUUCUGGUGAACAGAGAUAUGGAUGUUGUGGAGCUCACGAACUUUGAUAUAGUUAAAUUAUAUCACAGUCCAGGUUUUGGAUACUCAGAUGUGUACUAGACCAUGUUAUUCACGAUGCGGGAAACAUUAAACCA